AUAAACGAUUAAUCAAAGUCAAAAUGUAAACGUCAUUCAGCUGAUAAUAAACAACAAAUUGAAUUUUUAAAAGAAAGGGUUGUUAUUUCGCAGAUAUUAAUAUAGGCUACAAGAAUUAUGAAUCAAGACAGAUAUUCUUUAAUAGACAAUACUGCCCAUUCUAGUAUAGUACAGGAAUCUGGCUAUGAAUCUACGGAACCCUCCAAUGAUAGACCUGCGAAAUUCCGUCAGUACCUUGCAGCCUUCUCAGCAACUUUGUCAGCUCUGGCUGCCGGUACCGUACUGGCAUGGACAUCUCCGAUUCUCAAUGACCUGGAAGCUGGCAAGUACAACAACAUCAAAUUAGACAGCAACCAAAUAGGAUGGAUCGGCUCGUUCGUAACAUUCGGUGGGAUGGCCAUGUGCAUACCAACAGGCUUUAUCUGUGACAUAAUAGGUCGUAAGAAAACUCUGCUGUUAUUAUGUGUUCCCUACACGAUAGGAUGGUUGCUCAUCAUAUUCGCCAACAACGUGCUGAUGCUGUAUUUCGGCAGACUAAUAACGGGAACUGCAGCUGGAGCUUGUUGUAUAGCAGCACCUUUGUACACAAGCGAAAUAGCCCACAAAACGCUGCGAGGUACUCUAAGCAGUUAUUUUCAACUGAUGGUUACCGUGGGAAUAUUUCUGGGUUAUUUACUAGGAAAAUACCUAAAUGCUCUAUAUUUUACAAUCUGGUGUGCUUGCGUUCCGUUCGUUUUCGUUGUUUUCUUUGUAUUCCAGCCUGAAUCACCCGUGUAUCUAUUAAAACGAGGACUCUUUAAUGACGCUAAGGGAGUUUUGACUAUCUUACGAGGUAGCGAGUACAAAGUCGAUGAAGAACUCAACGAAAUCGAAGGAUAUUUAAAGGAAAGUAGCCAAACAACCAUUUCCCUAACUGAAACUUUCAAACAAGGAUCUGUCAUUAAGGCUUUUAUUAUAUCUGCUUCUUUGAUGUUUUUCCAGCAGUUUAGCGGUGUUAACGCGGUUAUUCUGUACACCACAGAUAUCUUUAAGACGUCAGGAGUGCACUUGGAUCCAAAAAGUGCUUCUGUUAUGGUAGGAUUAUUUCAAGUUCUAGCUACUUUCGCGGCUUCUUUAGUUAUAGAUAAACUUGGUAGAAGAAUAUUGUUGUUUAUAUCGGCGUUGUUUGUUACCGUAAACCUAUUUCUUCUUGCUAUUUUCUUCACUCUGAAAGACAGAACCGAUAUAAGCGACAAUAUUAUUGAAAAAUUAGGAUUUAUACCAGUAGGAGCCUUAUGCCUGUUUAUAAUAGCUUAUUCUCUUGGAUUGGGACCAAUUCCGUGGGUGAUAUCAUCUGAGAUAUUUCCUACUGAGAUUAAGAGUGUUACUAGUUCUACAGCAGGUACCGUUAAUUGGUUUUUGGCUUUUAUCCUUACGAGGUUUUAUCUUCAAAUAUCCAAUUAUAUAGGGCAAGAUAGUACAUUCUAUAUUUUUGGAUCUGCCUCGAUGAUAGGAAUAUUCUUCGUCUAUAUUUUCGUUCCGGAAACUAAAGGUAAAAACAUUUUGGAAAUACAGGCUGCCUUGAAUAACAAUCAGUAAACUCGUGACUUUUAUGGAGUGUCAAAAACAUGCAUUGUGUACGUGGAAAAAUGUUACCAUAGUAUUCUUACCACAUUUAUUUUGGUAAAUGUCAAUGAGCAACCAUGAAGCAUAUUUUCUUGAUUUGACAAUGGCUUUCGAUAAGAAAAUUAUGCUACAAUGUAUGUUUGCCCAAUAUAUCCACCCACCAAACAAAUACAGCCUACAAACGAAACAGAAACAAUAUUCUGACCAACUUAUGAUCAUAAGAUCAAUAAAUAAGUCAAAAUAUAGGGUUGUAUGGUUUUGGCUGUUUUAAUAUCGUUACAUCUACCUACAUAACCCUUCUUUGUUCGCCGUCUAAGGUAUCAGUAAGCGCCGAUUAAAGCUCAAAGUAUCGACCGCAAGAGAGUUUAUAACGGAUUAUCAUUGCUGUACAAUCCUAUUUGAGCCUCGACCUUUCUAAGUCUGUUUCUCCUUCUUCUAAAGGUGCCUAUCUCCUAGUGGUGUUGGCGACCACAUUGGCCCAUCUUAUUCUAUUCACACCAGCUCGAAAUGGAUCAGUUGACGUAAACCAGUCACCUUCCUAGGGACAGGACCUCACUUGCCCUCAAUCUUGCCUUUUAGAAUCAACUCUAGAAGUCGAUAUUUACUAUUACGCAUUACGCAUAAUGUGGUCAAAGUAAACCAAUUUUCUAUUCUUUUCUAUUCUAUAAUUUCUUUGUUUUUUUCUUAGCCUCUGGAGAAUAAUUUGUAAACUGUUUCUCCAAUCCGUUCUAUUCCUUGAAGCUUGGUGUCAGUUUGCCUCACCAAUUUUUCUCGAAUUCUUAUCCUGACCAUUCAUCUUUAGUCUACCUCUCUCAUUAAUUUACAGUUUUUUUCUAUUAUGGCUAGUUGGUACUAAUUUAGUUCUGCUGUCCUUUUUAGCUCGUCUUAUCAUCUUUCUUGCGGUCUUCCUACGAUUCUUCUUUCUCCCCAUGGUCUCUACCUAGUUACAUUUCCACUCCAGCUUUCGUACAGUUAUAUUUAUUUGUGUGUACUCAAUUGUGUUCGUUUUCCCUGCUUUUAUAAGUUAUCUUCUCUCUUCUAGAAGUUGUUUUGUUUUUAGGUAGAGUUUGUCACUGCUCUGUGUUCUGUUACCUGCUCAAAUGCAUUAAGAAACUAUAAAUACUUUGUCGUUAUUUGACGCACAUUCCGAAAUUCGAGUGAAUAAGUAAGCAAGAGUUGAAAUAUUUAAAAGCUCGACUAUCAGAUCUGUAUUUCUGUUUAAGUGUAAUUUUAGAAUUGGAUGCAUACUUUUUAAUCCUUCAAAUAUUGAGAAUGUUUAACCAUGUUUUAUAUUAUUAAUACGUAAUUCAUUGAUAUUUUUCUGUUGAUAUGUUCUUAUACUUUAUAACGAAGAAGUUUCUAUUUAUAUUAAAUUUACAUUCAAGAUGCAGUAGAAAUAAACAAACCAAGACACGUUAAGUGCUACUAGGAGCACACCCGAAUCAUAAUCUACAAUGUAUAAACCUUGGAAAUCAUGAUUUGGGGUUUACAAUGCAUAUACAUUGUAAAUUAUGAUUCGGGAGUGCUCCUAGUAGCAUUUAACGUGUCUUGUUUUGUUUAUUUCUACUGCAUCUUUAUUCUAAAUUUAGUAUAGUUCUAAAUAAAAGGUUUUAGAUAUAUUUUAAGUUCUUUGUAAUGUUAGUUUUGUAAAAAGAUAUUUACACAUGCAGCGACUGUGAUAAAGCAGCCCCUAGACGCUUAAUUUUGUCCACGAUAAUUGGUAAUUAAAAAUUGAAUGGGUUGCAUGUGUGAGUUCAUACUACAUAAGUAGUUAAAUAAAUAACGGACGUUCUCACAAUCAUUUAUUUACUCCGUGUCUCCGGAUAAUUUACUUCUACCGGAGACCUGAUGAUGCUGUGAAAUCUGUAGACAGCGAAACCGGCCGUCCUAAGUAAAUAAAUGAUUGUGAGAACGUCUGUUAUCCCUUUACCUACUGAAUUGGUAAUCAAUUUGUAGUUGAGUCUUAAACAACCACAGUGUAAAUGGUACUCUGUAAGUAUGCGGUAAGAAGAACUUGUAGCAAUUACCAUCUAUGAAUUUUAUCUGGUUUUUUAGUCAUUCUUUUAAAUCUUCAUUUCCCUGGUUGGUUGAAGAGUUCCUUUAAUUCCUAUGAUUAGAACUCGAUGCUAAACGCUAAUGGACCAGGUAUACAUCUGGGUCGGGACUGUGUAACGUUUAAAAAAUCCGGUUGUGUAUCUUGUCCAUUUUUUGUAUUUGAAAAUAUUUUUUAGAGAGUUUUCUUACACAAAACUCAAUUAUUAUUAUUUAUGAUAAUAUAGACGUCUAUAGGCUGCUUUAGAUUUACAUAUUAACAAGUUUUUGUAUCUAACUCCAACUAGUCCAGGUUGUCGUACUGCUCCUGUGGAAAAAUGUUCUGAUUCGGUUUUUUUGCUGAUUCCUGUUCAAAAAUAAUUCCUUUAAACAAAUCUUGAGGGUUUUUGGGCAGAAAUUGUAUAUCUAAUCGUAACAAUGAUGAUUUCAUAAGUGGUAAUGAUGAAGUUAAUGUAACAUUUCAUUUGUAAAUAUAAUUUUAACUUCAUUAUAUUGAAUACUACCUCUGUAACAUUGUGAUGUUUUUUGUAUAUUUUUGUUAAAAUAUCUCUACUUUUAUUAUAUCUACUUACUAAUUUAAUUAACUAGUUUUUAGUUAAUAGAUAAAUCUGUACCUCGGAGGGAUACAACACUAUGUCCAUUUUUUUUUAAUUUAUGACAUUUUUACACACUAAUAAUCAACUUUUACCAUUUUAUUUAGAGGAAUAAAGCACUAGGUCCUAAACCAUUUGCUGAUUGAGAUAGUGACAUUUAAAAGAAGAUCCUAAUAGAAGAAAAGAAGAUAAAAGCCAAGUCCAUUUGUCCCUAUUGUUGAAAAAAGUUUAAAACUGCUGUUCUGUAAAGUUAUGAAAAUGGACAUAGAGUUGUAUCCCUCUGAAAUACAGCAAUAUAUUAAAUUUAACUUAGGGCCGGUUUCACCAACAACAAAUAAAUUGGGGAAUAGUUAUUAGUCGAAUAAAAUUUAUUAGUCGAUUAUAUUUUUAUUGUUUCAAUACAAUUUUGAUAAUUUAAAGUUAAACUGACGAAUUGCCUUUGUUAUAGAUAUUUAAAGCGAGAAAGUCAAUUUAAUCGAAGAGUAAAUAUUUAUUUGGUAAAAAAUAAAGUAAGUCUUAUUUGAUGUUUGUGAAACGUAGAUCUCACAGUUUUAUUGGUCGAAUAACUUUAUUCAUCGAAUAAACUACUAUUCGGCGUUGGUGAAACCGGCCAUUAGUUAUUUAAUUUCCAAUUCGACAUUGUUUUUUAAAACAAGUUUGUGAUUUUGGUUCUCUUCUUUUUAAGUGCCGUCUCCUAAUCGGAGGUUGAAUAUCAUCAUCAUUAUCUUUACUCUAUUUACCGCUGCUCUUAAUAGUUCUAUAGAACUGCAUUUAAGGGGUUACAUAGGUCUUGCAGGUAAAAAAAGUGACUUUUAAAAAAAUUUUAUCUCGAAAACUAAAAAUUAUUUUUAUUUAUGAUUGGAACAUGUAAAAGCAUACUUAAGGUACUCUCAAAAAAUUUUUAGCCAAAAAUAUUCAUUUUUGUAGAGUUGUCUGCAAUUUUUCGACAACAGCCCUUUUUUGCGGUGAGCAGCAUAACUAAGUCCAGUCUCAUCUGAAAUCAAAAAAUCAAAAAGUUUCUUGUAGCUUAUACCUGUGGCUAGUGAAUGAACGAAGGAAUUUAAAAAAAAAUGAAAUUUGAAGAUUUUACAUAAGUUUAAACACAUUUUCGACCCCAAUUUUUCUCAUUUUUUCAAAAAUGACCAUUUUUAAGUAGUUUUUUUUUUAUAAAACAAAAACAACUUCACCUAAUAAAAAUUCAUUCGUUCAUUCACUAGCCAGAGGUAUAAACUACAAGAAACUUUUUGAUUUUUUGAUUGCAGAUGAGACUGGACUUAGUUAUGCUGCCCACCGCAAAAAAGGACUGUUGUAGAAAAAUUGCAGUCAACUCUACAAAAAUAAAUAUUUUUGGCUGAAAAUUUUUUUUGAGAGUACCUUAAGUACUAUACUUUUACAUGUUCCAAUUAUAAAUAAAAAUAAUUUUUAGUUUUCGAGAUAUAAUUUUUUUAAAGUCACUUUUUUUUACCUGCAAGACCUAUGUAACCCCUUAAACCAUUCCCUUAAAUUCUUCAUGACACCUUCCUUCUUCCUUUACUCCUUCCGCCUCUUAUCUUUCCCUUUCCCUGUAUUAUCAGUGUUAGCAUUUCAUAUCGCUGUCCCUUUAUUACGCGUCCCAGAUAUUGUAACUUUCUUAUUUUUAUUAUUUCGCAUUAUUUGCCCAUUUCUCGUAAUACUUCCGUGUUCGUUUAUUUCUGUGUCCAUGCUAUUCUAAGAAUCCUCCUGUAACAGCACAUUUCAAAGGACUGUAGUUUAUUUAUGUGUUCUUGCUUCAAUGUCCACCUUUCAAGUCCAUAUUGCGGUAUCGAGGACACGGAGCAUCUCAAAGCUCUUACUCUCAGUUCUAAUCUAAGGGCUUUGUUACAGAUAAUUGUUUUCAUUUUUACAAACGCAUUUCUUGCUAUUUCUAUCCUGGUCCUUAUUUCUGUUUGAUAAUUUUUUUCUGAAAUGCAGGUUCUCUGAAAUCCUACAUUUCCCAAAAGUAUGCUCGUUUGUAUGUUUGUUUUCUUAGUUAUUAUCAUGUAUUUGGUCUUUUUAUGUUCAUUUUUAGUCCAUAUUCUUCACAUAAACUGUUUAUCUUGUUUAGUAGUAAUUGGAGUUGUUCAGCAGAGCUUGCCAUAAUCACAGUGUCAUCUGCAUUUCUUAUGUUGUUAAUAGAUCUUCCGUUAAUUAUUAUUCCUUCACUUUGAGAUAGUAAUGCUUCUUCAAAAAUUGCUUCACUAUUCACUAUAUACAUUAAAGAGUAAUGGAGGCAUAAUACAUCCCUGCCUAACUCCUCUCCUGAUUUCAAUUUCUGGACUGGGUUCGUUAUCUAUUACAAUUUGUGCUCUUUGAUUCCACUUUGAUUUUGGUUCUCACUAUUCUUAAUUACAAAAAUAUUUUAAAUCUUUACAAAUGCGUAAACAAGGACUAUUAUUAUUACAAAUGUCUUGAAAUGCCAAUUUUAGUGGAUAAUUAGUAAACUUGAAAAUAAGUAUUCCCGAAAAAAAAAUGAAUCUCAAAAAACAUGAACUAUUUUGAUUUUACACUGAAUUAUCCGACAGGGUCAGGUUUAUACGUAGUGUUAAGUACCUACAGCUCUCAUAUGAUGUUGAGAAUUUCCAACAAACACUUAUUAUGUUUAUCUAAGCUUGAAAACUCCUCGGCUGAAAUUCUAUUUCUUAAAAAAUGCCUGCAAUUAUUUGCCCAUACCUCUGGCGUGAUUUCAUUUAUCUUGAUGUUUGUUAUCUCUUAAACAUCUGCUAAUUUAAAAGUAGUGUUUCUUGCCACUACUUGGUUUUUUUCAAAUAAUCCAUAUCUUUUCAGUCGGGUUAAGUUCUGGAUGAUAAGGUGGUAAACGUAAAACUGAGUUGUUGUACUGUGUUAAUAAUUGACCUACAGCAUACACAGAGUUUUUAGAUUUAGCACAGAGUAUCUUAUUAUACAGAUCCGGCUGUUUCAUUUUUCUCGAAAAAUAUAUUCCUUUUUGUCAACUAUUUCCUCAUGACGUCUUUGUGUCUAUGUGUCACUGAGCAAUUCGACAUUUGUAUCGAUACGAACAAAAAUUCGAAUCUAUAAUAUCUGAACGAGCUGUAAGAUUGCCAAUUCGCACGUUUUGUGGUAUGCUCCUUCUCAGAGGCUUCUUUCAGUGCGUCAAAGUUUUUCGAUUUCUUUCUAACGCAUUAAGUUGUAAGUGAUUGAAAAAAGGUACGUCCGUGAUUAAAAUCAUUUACAUUUUUUCUAGUUGUUGAUAGAUGGCGCUAUAAUUAAACAAAAAAUGAUUAUGUAUUAUCUAUACUACUAUAAUCUGUACAAUUUAUAGGACUAUACAAAUCAAAGAACGUUCCUUUUUAUAAAUGAAAUAAACACAAUAAGGAACUUGCAUAUAUUUUUAAAUAUUAAAAUGAUAUUAAAAAACAUAAGGUAACAUGAUCUUAAAACGCUUGCAUGCGAAAAAAAGAAAUAUUUUUAACCCGUACGCUAAUUACGACGCUUUGAAAAUGCUAUAAGAUUCAAAUAUCUUAGCGAGGCUCUUGAACGUCCUUCUAUUGGUCCGACGUCACGGGCCACGGUCAACCAGGCUUAGCAGUCGGAAACAACGCGAUUAGGGUAGGUAUCACGGGUAUAUUACAUUUUAAUCGUCUUUAAUGGAAAAUUCCUAGGUAUUAUUUAUGUUCAUCUUGUAUAUUAUAAUAAGUAGUUCCCCAAUCAGCUUAGUUUUAAACUGAAAUUGAUAAAGUUGAGUGCUACUUUGUAAAGAGUUUAAAAUGCAUAAUAUGACGGAGAGGGUAAGUCUGACAACUUACCUACCGUUGAUGUCUUCAUGGUGGCAACUUUUAUAAAAAGUAGUGAAAGCUAUUCUAUUGGAGAAAUGCGAGGUGUCAAGGCAAAUAAGUAAGAGUUAUUAAUAAGCAUGUUUAAACCGUUUAUAACAAUAGUUUGGUACCAUUAUAUUAUAGUAUUCGGUUUACCCCGUGGGUUUGAUCUACCUACCUCUAAUCGAAGGAUUUCGUAUAUCCUGGAAAAGAUUACGGUGUAAUUUGCAGUAUAAUAAAGAUUAUAUUUUAUUGUAAUGUUUAUUAGUACCUACUGGAGCCUUUCAUUAUUGUGUUCAAAGCCUUCAGAGAAAAGAUUAUGGUGAUUAGCAGACGUACCGAUAGAACGUGUACAUAGCCAACAAAAUCCUUCUUUAGUUAAUAAUACGCAUAAAUAAGAAGAAUCAUUAUUGUAAUUUUACAAGUUAAUAUCUUUAUCAUCUCAGCUUAUACUUACACCGCAUCCCUCGGUAGACCGCAAGCUAUAGUAGAAACCCGACUGUAGACCGCAUACUAUAGUAGCACCAAUACUUUUUAGUUACUCUUACUUUUAUUACUAAAAGUUUUGUUUAUUUUUAAGUUACUUGUUUCUUCUUUGUUCUUCAACACAAGAAACGACAAAAGUAAUUUCAUAAACAAGAACUUUUUGAUAUAUGUCAACAGAGAUAAAAUGUUAAUAAUUUGCCAGUCACAGAAAAAAUCAUUUUUGCCACAGAGUAAAACAAGAUAUUUCAACUAUAUUAUUUAUCUAUGGGCAAACUGCAUUAAAUGCAAUAGCCCACCGAACGGGCAAACGAUACGAGUGGCCUAUGACGUCAGACCCCAGCUCUCGCUUUUGAAGUUGUUUGAAACGGAAAUUUUAGGCGCGGAACUUUGAUCAGAUGUUGUACGUACACUAUUCAUUGUUAAGACGUAAUAUUUUGAAUAUAACAUUUUAAAACAUAAAUUAACAAUUUUAUGCAAAAAAAUUUUUUAGUGCAAGUUCCCUAUUGAUUUGUUAUUAUACCAUAUUACGAUUACGAUUGUGACAACUGUCAGAUUUAACUAAAAUGUCAUGUUAUGAUUCUCUAAAUUCUUAAAAUCAUAUGACAUCAUUAAUUACAUACCUACCUGAAAGACUGAGAAGAACUUUAAAUUAUAGUCGUAUAGAUAUGUAAUAGGUAAAUACCUAAAUAUUUUUUCAGAUUAUAGCGCCAUCUAUCAGCAACUGGAAUAAAUAUUAUAAAUGUGUGUGUAUCACGGACCUAUAGUCGGUUCGCUAAACUCAGACACAACUGGCUAGUGAUUUUAGUAAAUAAUUUUGCCAAUUUUGGUAAAAUUGGCAAAAAACAAAAAAAUUAUCUACUGAAAUAACUAGCCAGUUGUGUCUGAGUUUAGCGAACCGACUAUACCUUUUUUUCUGUCACUUGUGACGCACUGAAAGAUGCCUCUGAGAAGGAGAUUAUAUAUUUUUGGAUCUCAGGUUUGUCUAUAAUAAUAUUGGUAUCCCUAGAUAUUAGAGAAAAAUGCCUUGAUAGAUAUAAUGAAAAUCCAAAAAAGUAAUGUCCAUGUGAUUAUAAGAAAUUAGUAUAUUUAUAAAUAUUUACAUUUGUACAAAUUAGCUGAUGAACCAUUUUGCAAACCUUCAAAAUUAGUAUGGCAUUAUUGAUGUUUUAAAUGUAUUAUUAUUUGUUAGAACGCAAUCAAUCUAUCUUCUUAAAAGAUAUUUUCAGAAGUUUCCUCAAUCGUGGCAAAUGAGAAAAUCUAUUUAUUGAAUAUUUGCAAUUCUGUUAAUUCUAAUAUUGUUCUGAAGCUAUUUUCUGGUGGCAUGUUAAUACAAUUUACCAUCUUUACUGGCAAUAAGUCAAUUUUACUUUAGAAUAAGUUUAUUUUGACGUUUCGAUUUCAUUACAUGAAAAUUACUAGAUUUUCAAUGAUUUAAAAUUUUAUAACUUAAUAAGGAAGUAAAACUUCGCUUGUAGGUAAAUGGUAUAUAAAUUUUUAUUAAAAUUUUAUCUAAAAUGAUCCAAAUUGGAUAAAAGUGGGUACAUCUAUAGUACAAAAUCACACAAACGUUUUCGGACCAAUCAGUCCAUCAUCAGGUGGCAGAAACCUAAAAUAAGCAAACCACUGCAUUAAAAAAGGCCAAGAUGAAAGUUUGACUGUUUGAAAGUUAGGAAAAUUAGAACAUGUGGUACUUACUUUAGAUCCAAAGUAGUUGGAACUAGCUACAUAGAUAGGUCAACAAUAGUUGUCAAUGUCGACAAUAAGUCGAUGUUAAAAGGAUUUAAAAAUGCAGCGUUAUUAUAAUGUGGUCUUCAUCUUGGCUUCAAACUGACAGACUGAAAUAUGACAUUAAAUGAAAAUUGACAAGACCUUCUAGGUAGGGUAUUGUAUGUGUAUGCAGUUAUUUUGUAUUUUAGAAAUGCAAAAAUAUUAUUACUUAAAUAAAUGAAUUUAAUUAGCUAUUAAAUAAAUGAGUGAGAAUAAACAAUUUGAAUUAAUAGUAACAUAAAAUUAUUUAUGAUAAUUUAAUGACGAUUGAAAGCGAAAAUUUUGCCAACAAGGUAAUGACGUCACUUGUUCGAAAAGAAGAGCAGAAUAAAGAAAAAUAAAAUAAACAAAAUAAAAGGAAAUUUAUUAGGUAUAUGAUAAAUAUAAGGUAUAAGAAUUGAUAAAUAAAUCAUGAAUUUGGCUGUUAUGAAAUGUAGUUUAAGUUAAUAAUUAAAGUGUAAAGUUAAGAGUAUAACUGGUUGUCUGAAUUCAUGUAGAUAAGACAGGGUGAAUAAAACAAAACUGAUAGUAGAUUACUAUGGUUUAACGGAAUUGAAAUUUAUAAAUUGAAAUUAGAAUAAUGAUGUAUAACUGGUUGACUGAAUUUAUAGAAUUGAAGUGUAAAUAAAAACAACAAUAAGAGAAAGUUUAUUAAACCAUAGUAAUCUACUAUCAGUUUUGUUUUAUUCACCCUGUCUUAUCUACAUGAAUUGAGACAACCAGUUAUACUCUUAACUUUACACUUUAAUUAUUAACUUAAACUGCAUUUCAUAACAGCCAAAUUCAUGAUUUAUUUAUCAAUUCUUUUACCUUAUAUUUAUCAUAUACCUAAUAAAUUUCAUAUUUUUUUGUUUAUUUUAUUUUUAUUUUUCUUUAUUCUGCUCUUCUUUUCGAACAAGUGACGUCAUUACCUUGUUGGCAAAAUUUUCCCUUUCAAUCGUCAUUAAAUUAUCAUAAAUAAUUUUAUGUUACUAUUAAUUCAAAUUGUUUAUUCUCACUCAUUUAUUUAAUAGCUAAUUAAAUUCAUUUAUUUAAGUAAUAAUAUUUUUGCAUUUCUAAAAUACAAAAUAACUGCAUACACAUAAAAUUCCCUACCUAGAAGGUCUUGUCAAUUUUCGUUUAAUGUCAUAUUUCAGUCUGUCAGUUUGAAGCCAAGAUGAAGACCACAUUAUAAUAACGCUGCAUUUUUAAAUCCUUUUAACAUCGACUUAUUGUCGACAUUGUUGUAGCCGAAAUGGCAUAAUUAUUGUAAAAUGAAGGUCUUUUGACCUAUCUAUGUAGCUAGUUCCAACUACUUUGGAUCUAAAGUAAGUAACCACAUGUUCUAAUUUUUCUAACUUUCAAACAGUCAAAAUUUCAUCUUGGCCUUUUUUAAUGCAGUGGUUUGCUUAUUUUAGGUUUCUACCACCUGAUGAUGGACUGAUUGGUCCGAAAACGUUUGUGUGAUUUUGUACUAUAGAUGUACCCACUUUUAUCCAAUUUGGAUCAUUUUAGAUAAAAUUUUAAUAAAAAUUUAUAUACCAUUUACCUAAAAGCGAAGUUUUACUUCCUUAGUAAGUUUUUUAUUAUGGUAUACAGCCAAUGAGAGGAAUCUUUUCCUUUUUAUUUUAUAUUUUCGACGUUGUCAAAUGUACAGUUUCUGAGAUAUACGGAUAAUAGGCUUAUUUUUUAAUGGGACUACCCGUAUAUUUUACAAUCUUUUAUUAUAGUUUGUUAUUUCCGACAUUGCCGUAUAUGUUUCUGAUCCAUCAAAUUUCAUCGUAUGUGCCUAAAGUACACUUACAAAAAGAUUCUAAGGGUCAGAAGAUGAAGGGAAGUUGCCAGGAAUCGACAAGAAUGGCGACUUCUUCGCGAGUAGGCUCAGAUCCACAACGGAUUGUCGAGCCACUUGUGAUGAUGAUGAAAGUACUCGCAAGUUUAUUAAAGGAUUUUUUUCUUUAAAAUCUCUAGGAGUAUUUACUCAACAGAUAUUUUUUUGGCAUUCACAUUUUUUUUUCUAUUCCUUUUAAGAAGAUAGAAUAUGAAUUACUUAUUGUUGUACAUGUUUUAAGAAAUGUGUUGUUGAACGUAAAAAGUUGUACUUAUGUUAGUUAAAAUAUUUAUGUGUAGUACUUACGUAAAAAUAUAUGUUUUAUCCAAAUUGUGAAUUAUAUGUCAGUGUUGACCAGC